AUGGCUACUUUAAAUCAAGUUUUAAAUUAUAGAUUAAAAAAUAAUAAAAAUAAUUUGAAUAAAAUGUCAGCAUUAUGCAAAAAUCCACAAAAAAAAGGUAUAUGUUUAAGUGUUUUUAUAAAAAAUCCUAAAAAACCAAAUUCAGCUCGUAGAAAAGUAGCUAAAGUAAAACUUAGAAAUCAAUAUGUAAUUACAAGUUAUAUACCUGGUAUUGGACAUAAUUUACAAGAACAUUCUUUUGUAUUAGUUCAAGGAGGUAAACGUAAAGAUUUACCAGGUGUACAUUAUAAAAUAAUACGUGGAGUUUAUGAUUGUAGUGGUGUAUCAACUCAAAAAAACUCUCGUUCUAAAUUUGGUACAAAAAGAAAAAAAUCUCUAAUAGUUCAAGGGUUAGAACACAUGACUGUUAAUCAUGUUGUUAUAGGUUCGAGUCCUAUUUAG